AUGGUUGCGAUUACUGAGGAUAAAGAUAAAAUUAAAUUACUUCAAAAUUACAUCGAUGCGAUUCUCACAAAUAAAGAUCAUGAAAGAAUUAAAGGUCGUAAACGGCUUGAAGAUGGUCAGAAGCCUCCCCCACGUUGGAAUCCUUUUAACAAUAAUCAACAACAACUUGUAACAGAACUCGAUGCGGAGUUUAAGUUGAUUCUUAUUAGUGCUAAAAAUGAUGAUGAAAGAAUUAAACUUUUAUUUAAAAUAGCUGAUAAAGUACAGGCGCAACUUAACGAUGUCACAACGUAUGAUCCAAAUUUGGUUAAAGAUGCAUUCACCAUUUUUAUAAACAAUCAUCCCACUGCUAUUGCAUGGGGUCUCAAGACACCAUCUUUGAAGAGAGUUUCUCCAAUUAAUUUGUUACCUGGACAAUCUCUACCUUUGGGCGGACCGGAAUCAAAAAUAGAUUGGUGGCGUGAAGAUCCUACCCUCAACGAAAGUCACCAACAUUCUCAUGCUAUCUUCGUUCCUAAUGGAAUUGCGGACGCCAAUUUUCCCAACAAGAAUUUCGCAUACACCAAGGAUCGUCAAGGAGAAUUGUUCAUUUGGGCGCAUAAGCAAAUGUUAGCAAG